AUGUUCGAUGGCGCAGUGGAAUUUAGCAAAGAGAUAAUUGAAGAUGUAACACAUAUACAUGAAUUAUAUCAACAAUUAGAACUAUUGCAGAAAGUUGUGACUUUUGUUUGCACUGUGUCAUCCGAAAAAAUGAUGAGGUCAAUCGAAUAUGCGCCAGACGAGAUCAAUCAAAAA